AUGAUUGUGGAUGCAGAGACCGAAUUAUUACAUUUGCAAUUGCCAUUUGUCACGUUAAAUUCGAUUGAACUUGUUCAGCGCACCAAAACAUUUCAAGAACCUCAUGUGAAGAACAUUCAGGCAAUCGACCGUUGGCGACAAGUUCGAUCUCGAAUGAAACAAUUAACACGUGGUUUAAAGCGUUGUCAAAUGCAAACGAUUGAGGGAGAGAAGAUCGAUGCGACAUGUCGAGCUUCGAUUUUACACAAAGAUUUCUGGCUCGAAGCUUUGGAUACACAACACCGGUAUGGGUUUAAUCUACGAGCAUUUCAUAAAGUAUGGAAGCAUGAAAUGGCAGAGGGACUCGACGUGUGUGGGACUGCAGAUGCUUCUUUUUUUCAUUGGCUUGAUUAUGGCAAUGGAAAGAAUGUGGAGCUACCAGAAUGUAGUCAGCACGACUUACGUUCGACUCUUGUUGAAUAUUGCAAUGCCGAACAGCGUAAACACUAUGAGAUUAAAUUUGUAUCACAUGAAGAAGAGAAGAAUGUGGUGAGGGUGCAGUAUGUGGCUUCAGGACAUUUAGUGCACACAGAUGAACACAGCAAAUGGAUUUUUGUCUUGGGUCUCUCUGGUCAAAUGUAUCUCGGUCGCAAACGCAAGGGACGGUUCCACCACUCGAGCUUCGUAACGGGUGCUCCAAUUUUUGCAGCUGGCAAGAUCGUCAUUAAAAACGGUGUCAUUGUCGCCGUCGAGCCACAUAGUGGCCACUUUAAACCCCGAUUAGGGAACCUCCUGGCUCUUUGCUUUAUGUUGGCAAAGCAUGGUGUUGACAUUGACAAGAUUGCCUUUGUUAAGCCAAAAAAGUGGACCUGUGCAUGGCCCUUUCCAUCACAACCGGACCUCGAGCUUGAAGACUUUGGUGCCUUAGACACGGAAUACGGCGAUUCAGACGAGUCGCAGAUACUGAUGUCAUCAGUAGAAUAA